AAUCAAUUGAUUUUAUUGCUUUGCCGUGUGUUGGUAAUAGCAAAACCGGAUUUUCAGAUUUGUUUCUUACGGAUCCUGCCGUUGAAAAGAAGUGCUGUGGUUUUUCUGCUGUUCUGGAGUGCCUACUGAACAUCAUCAGGGCCCUGAGGAUGGGGUCCUGCUUAUCGGUGGAUGGGAGGAGUGGUCUCCCUGGUUCGCCGACUUCUGAGUCGAAGAGGAAGAGCGGAAGAAGGAGGCGUGGGAUGCGAACUUCUUCGUUCGAUUACAAGAGGGAUGAGCAGCUGCGUAGGAUUCCAGGGAGGAUGUUCUUGAACGGGGCUAACGAAGUUGCUUCUCUGUUUACCCAACAGGGCAGGAAAGGAACCAACCAAGAUGCUAUGAUCGUUUGGGAGAAUUUUGGUUCGAGAACAGACACAGUCUUCUGUGGUGUUUUUGAUGGCCAUGGUCCCUAUGGCCAUAUGGUUGCAAAGAGAGUGAGAGAUUCUCUUCCAUUGAAGUUAGGUGUCCAUUGGGAAGUAAAUAUAGGCAGCAAUGAAGUGUCCAGAGAACUUAGCAGCAGUGUCUUGGGAAGCAUGAAUUCUGAAGAAACUGCCUCUUUAUGUCUUGAUGAAGUAUCCAGGGAAUCUAUAGAUCUUGAAGAGAAGGAGAAGCACCCAGAUAUUUUUUUUACACUGAAAGAGUCGUUUCUAAAGGCUUUCAAAGUUAUGGAUAAGGAACUGAAAUUGCACCACAAUAUUGAUUGUUUCUGUAGUGGGACAACUGCAGUCACCCUGAUCAAGCAGGGUCAGGAUCUUAUUAUUGGAAAUGUUGGGGACUCUAGAGCUGUACUGGGUACAAGGGAUCAAGAUGAAACACUUAUCCCUGUUCAGUUGACUGUGGACCUCAAACCAAACCUUCCAGCGGAAGCCGAGCGAAUCAGGAAAUGUAACGGAAGGGUUUUCGCCCUUCAGGAUGAGCCUGAGGUUUCUCGAGUGUGGCUGCCUCACAAUGACUCCCCUGGACUGGCAAUGGCCCGGGCUUUUGGGGAUUUCUGCCUCAAGGAUUUUGGUUUGAUCUCUGUGCCAGAGAUAUCUUAUCGACACCUCACUGAGAGGGAUGAAUUUGUAGUGUUGGCUACAGAUGGGGUCUGGGAUGUGCUAUCAAACAAAGAAGUCGUAGACAUAGUGGCAUCAACGCCAAUACGUUCUACAGCUGCUCGAGCCUUGGUCGAGUCAGCAGUUCGUGCAUGGAAAUUCAAAUACCCGACCUCCAAGAUUGAUGACUGUGCGGUAGUCUGCCUCUUCCUUGACUCCAACUCGGACAAUUCCAGUCCCUCCUUCUCCAAAGCGAAAUCACAGUCGACUUCGUUCAACCAACAUGAGUGUAGUCAUGAGAAACAAGAGCCUCAAAGCCUAGGUGGGCUGAAUCGAUCAGGAACAGUACGAGCAGGUCCUGAGAUCCAGCCAGAGGAACAAGAGGAGGAAGAAACCCUGAAUGAAGCUACAAGGCUGACGGGGAUAGGAGAGGACUGGUCUGCUCUGGAAGGUGUCUCAAGGGUGAACACAUUGUUGACUCUACCAAGGUUUAUUGCUGGACCUGAGGAUAAAAGGCACACUGGAGGUACAAAGACUCGGAAAUGAUUGAAGGUGUUAAUUUUGGUUUCAGUUUUCUUGAUCAUAGCAUCACCAAAAUCAUAUCUAUUUUCUUCUUCUUUUUUUUUGUUUAAUUAUUUAUGAUUUCCCUUGCUACAGAAAGGAAGUGUUUGUAGGGGGGGCAUCAUUUGUUUAUUUUGGUUCGGAGAGGUGGACCGGGCUUUAUUAGCGUGUCUGGAGAAUCCUCCUUUCUCUCUCUAUUAUAUCUGGGUAGAUAUGGAAGUUUUGUAAAAAAAAAAAAAUUGUACUCCAUGUUCUUUUGAAUUUUCCUUGGUGGGGGUGGGGGGGGGGUUUCUUAUCUUCUUGUUUUGUUCUUUUGGUGAUAGUGUUAUUUCUUAUUAUUAUGUUGAUAAUAAUUUUGUGAUAUUGAAGCCUCCU